CCUUCUGACCCAAGUUAUUGCGGCUUUAAAUAUUCUGCGAACUGUCGCCGAUGUAUUCCAACGCCCAAAUCCUUCGAGGGCUUCGAGCAUUUCCAUAGGCCAGCACUGAAAUAAAUAAUCAAAUGGCACCAAAUGUAACUCCGUUAGUUUGAAUGACGGAACCCAGAAAGCUGUGUAGCAGUGGGCAAUUGUCUAAAAGAGCUCGCAAAUAAUGAAAAUAUCAGUAGGCAGUGAUGAUUUUCGGCGUUAUCUCACGCGCAUCCAUGAAAACAGUUACCACGAUGAUACGGACAGCACCACAAUCUCACUUCCACGGCAAUCAUUCGCAAGGUGGCUUUGUGAUCAAGCCUCCACAUUUUGACGAUGUUGGCGAUACAAUUGUCACGGUCAUAUUCAUCAUCGCUGGCGUGACUAUGAUUGCGUUACUCGUGGUCCUAACUGUCUUCUGUUGCGUAGCGAGUAGACGGCUCCGGCGACAUGUCACGCUGACCACAAGCUGCGCUGGUAACGAAAGAGGCAGUGAAGCGUUCCACAUCAACCAGGAAUACUCGGAACCGGACGAGGAUCGCACGGAAGUGGUGGAGCUCCCUCUAGAAACAAUCUAUGAAGAGUCAAAUGACUUCAGCUGUGAUGGAGGUGACCGGGCGAAUCCAGUAGAAAACGAAAGCUCCGAUGAUAACUUUUUAAUGUCACUUGAGAUAAACGGAGGAACCCAUGACACGCGAUCAAUGACCAGCGUUUUUUUAACACAGCGGCCAGGCAGCCGAGCUAAUAGUGAGUCAGCGGUGCUAAACGAUAACACAUGCGUUAAUGUCCCGGGUGAAGUGGACGGGGAACCUAUCAUUUAGGACAUUAUCAUAACAUAGCGGCACACCAUGUAGCAACAUCAUUCAACAUCGGGUACAAUCAAGCACAAAAACAACUUACACAUUAAACGGCAUAAUACAUGGUACACAAUCAGCACAAUAACAACUUACUACACAAUGCAACAUCAUUCAUGGUGUACAAGCAUUCCAACAAUAUCUUACAAUAUCAUUCAACAUCGAGUACAAAAAUCCCAACAACAUCAUUCAACAUGGUGUACAAACAGCCAUACAACAUCUUUCAACAUCAUUCAACAUCGGGUACAAACAGCCAUACAACAUCUUACAACGUCAUUCAACAUGGUGUACAAACAGCACAUCUUACAACACAACGCAACAUCAUGCAAUAUGGAAUACAAACAGCCCCAAAGCAUCUAACAACACAACACAUGGAUCAUGGUGAACAAACAGCACAUCUUACAACAACACGCAACAUCAUGCAACACAGAAUACAAACAGCACAUCUUACAACACAUUGCAAAAUCAUGCAACAUUUGUUACAAAUAAUCCAACAGCAUCUAACAAAACCCCACGACAUUAUUUAACAUGGUGUAAACAGCCAAACAACGACUUACAACACCACACAACUUCAUUUAACAUGCUGUACAUCUUUGCCAUAUCUUUUACUUUUUACAUUGUUGCGCUUUGGUUGCAAGGCCUACCGUUUUGGCACUUGUGAAAAAUUACACCAAGUGCAUCUUGUCAUCUUUAUUGUAUUCAUUAUGGCUAAAGGCUUUCAAAUGAAAUAUGCACUUCCAAAUACCGCUAGUAGAUAAUUUGAUGGAAUAUUUGUAGUCCUUGCUUUGUAUACUGUAUAUACUUUGCAAACCAUUAGAAUGAAUGAAAAUAAAAUAAAAAUAAAAUAAAGGAAAUUAGUUAAAACGGUUUUUAAAUGACCAUACCAUGGCAUGCCAAGUUGGUAGCUCAAUUUUUCUCUUUACGAUAUGUAUUUGAUACAUAUAACAGGCACAAACAAUUGAACGAUAAUUAAAACUUGUAAGCCACCUUGCGUUUUCUCAAUAAAGUCAUUAUGUGAUGGCA